GCGGCGGCGCGGCCCGUUUGGAUUCAAAGCCGCUAUAAAGGCGGCGCCGGGCCGCGCCGCGCCGCAGCGCCAUGGCUAACCCGUCGCAGUGCCUGGAGGAGGGCGCCGGGCGCUGGCCGCCGCGGCCGCCCGGUCCCUACAGCGAGGCGCAGCGGCUGGCGCUGGAGGAGCUGGUGGCGGGCGGCCCCGAGGCGCUGCGGGCCUUCCUGCGGCGGGAGCAGCUGCCGCCGUUCCUCUCGGAGCCCGAGGUGCAGGCCAUCGCGCGGGGCGCCCUGCCGCCCGCCGCGGCCCCGGAGCCGGCGGCCGAGCCCUCGCUCGGCGCCUCCCUCGACGCCUCGUCGCUCACCUACUUCCCCGAGCGCUCGGACCUGGAGCCGCCGGCGCUGGAGCUGGGCUGGCCGGGCUUCGCCAGCGGCGCCUUCCGCGGGCUGACGCGGGUGGAGGCGCACUUCCAGCCGGGCUGCGGGGACAGCAUCUACGGCUGCAAGGAGGCGGUGCGGCGGCAGAUCCGCUCCGCCCGGCAGGUGAUUGCGCUUGUGAUGGAUUCCUUCACAGAUAUUGAUAUCUUCAGUGACCUUCAGGAUGCCUAUAACAACCGCAAAGUCCCUGUCUAUAUCCUACUUGACCAGGACUUUCUACCACAUUUCUUGGAAAUGUGCAAGAAUUUGGGGGUUUGUCCUGAGCAGGAAAGUAUGAUGAGAGUUCGAACUCUCACGGGGAACACAUACUACCUGAGGUCGGGUGCCAAAAUUGUUGGGCAAUCCCAUGAGAAGUUCAUGUUAAUUGAUGGCAUUAGAGUGACAACAGGCUCCUACAGUUUCACGUGGUCUGAUGGAAAGCUGAACAGCAGUAACUUGCUGCUAUUGUCAGGUCAAGUGGUUGAACACUUUGACCUUCAGUUCAGAAUUCUUUAUGCCCAGUCGAUGCCCAUCAGCCCUAAAUGGCUGUCCAGCUGCAGAAACAGUGGGAUGUUUGAUCACCUGGUGAACAGAACAGAGUCCUCUAAAGAAUAUACUGUGGAAGGCAAUUUGAGAGCAGAAUUCGCCAUACUGGCUAGCACUCCAAAGAAAUUGUUGAAAGAACGAGAUCAGGCAGAAGAUACUCCUGGAGGAAAACCUCGUAACCUGGACACCUCUUCUCUCUGUGAAGAGGAGUGGUUCAGCAAUCAAGUGGCCUUGGUGGAACGGAAAAGCACAUCAACUCAGACUGGCCCAUGGGAAGAGAAGCCUGCAGUGAUGGUGUGCAGUGUUGCCACGCAGACCAGUGCUUUAAUGGCAGAAACUGGCACUCAAACUUCUGUUGCUGCUAGAAUGACGGGCACUCAGACUUCAGUUUUGCUGAAGACUGCAGUGACACAGACAAAGGAAGAUGAGCAUACAGAAACACCCCUGCUUCACAGGAAGUUGUCAAAAGAAGGAUCUUCUCUGUCUGGAAAGGCUGUAUCCAGUUCUAGUCUGCGAUCCCUGUCUUCAUCAUCAUCCCAGUGCUCUCUGGCAAGCUCUACUGGUUCACUAUCUUCUCUCCGGUCCUUUGAAUAUUCUAGCAGUCACAGGGCAGAAUAUUUCCAAAAACUGCAUAAAGAGAGGCAAUUCCACUACUCCACUAUCAGGUCAAAGCUUAGCCACAUGGUGGAUAUCCUGUCCCGGAGGGGACGUGUGCCUGAAAACUACAUGACCCAGUACACGGGAAGAUGCAAUCUAAAGCAGAGACGUGACAUCAGUGCCAGCCUGCGCAGCCUCAGAGAUGUUUCACUCUUUUCUCUGAAUAAAUGAUUACUGUGCUGACUGCAGAACACAAGUUCCAGUCUGAAACUGCAGGCACUUUGUACCUGCUGAUUCCUCCACUUUCUUCCAGCACUUUUACUUUUUUUCAAUACAUGUGUAUGUUGCUCUCCAACACUAUGUUUUAUUCUAUGCAAUUUAAGCAAUAAAAAAAGAGGUAUUUUAGUUUUUA